AAUGGAUGAAAAUAGAUUGGUUAGAAACGUAUUUGAAACUCUAUCUGAGCCACUUACAGAUAAGUUAGAACCUCAGUUUAUAACUCCUUGUUUGAUAUCAAAAGGUGUCUUAAGCAUCGACGAACAAGCUGAUGUUUUAUCAAAUUCCACACGACGACAACAAGCUAUUUGUUUGAUUUCAUUCCUGUCUCGCAAAGAUGUAAAAGCUGUGGAGGCGCUCUGCUCCUGUUUAUCGAGAAAUAAUGAUACAAAGCUUGCAAGCGAGAUAGUAAGAGUUUUCAAAAAUGUAAAAGAGAAAAUUCAGAACGAAGAAAAAAGAAAUGACAUUACGGACGCUUUCCAAGAGUAUCAAAUUGAAGAAUUACUAAAAACACUAAAUGAAGAAGACUUGGAAAAAAAAAUAGGUGACAAGCUGUAUUUUGAAAUGGCUAAUAAUAUGACCAAAUCAGAGAUACAAAAAUCCCUCUUAGAUUCAGAGGUACUGAGGAUGGUUGAUUUUGAAGCCGUUGAGACUAGCUAUCCUACAGAUGUGUUUAGGCAAAAAUAUAAAUUGAUUGACAGUUGGUUUGCCAGACAACCAGAAGAACUCAAUCUGAAAGACUUUAUAGAAACUAUUAGAAAGCGCAUUCCAUAUAGUGAUAAUUUCAAGACAGCUAUUUCUCAAUAUGUGAAAUCAACGAAGGCUUAA